AUGGCAUCCAAAUUCUGUGUAUAUCUCGCAGCUUUUUCUUCCUUCGCAGCCCGUGGCGUCGCGAAAGAACUGUCUCGUCGAGAUAUCGUUGCUUCUGAUGAGAUUGUGGGAUUCGAUCAAAUAGUCCCUUCAGGAACGGUCGGUGAUGUCUAUCUGGCUUAUCAACCUUACUUGUACGUUGUCAAUGGCUGCGUUCCAUUCCCAGCAGUAGAUGAGGAUGGGAACACGAAUGCUGGAUUGGCUCCCGCAGGAGCAUCCGAUGGCGACUGUAGUAGCAGCACAGGCCAAAUUUAUGUCCGAGGAAACAGCUCUGGCGACUACUAUGCGCUCAUGUAUUCCUGGUACAUGCCAAAGGACGAGCCUUCAGAUGGUAUUGGCCAUCGUCACGACUGGGAAGGGGUGAUUGUUUGGCUAUCCGAUUCUAGCAGCACCACCACAGACAACAUCAUGGCCGUGUGCCCUUCCGCUCAUGGAAGUUGGGAUUGUAGCACGGAUGGGUAUACGGUAGAUGGCACCGCACCAUUAAUCAGAUACUACAGUACGUGGCCUAUAGACCACUGCUGUGGCCUCACAACUACUGUGGGUGGUACGCAGCCGUUGAUCGCGUGGGAGUCACUUCCGACAGCGGCCCAGGAUGCGCUGGACACGACUGAUUUUGGCUCCGCUAUUGUGCCAUUCAUUGACGCGCAUCUUUCUACGAACCUCGCAGAUGCUACUUUCUAG